AUACUUGUAUGGAUCUGUUCUUGAUAUCUUCAAACUGACAGUCACAAACAUCCAUGCUCUCAGUCUCAAGCUCCUUUUUUUUUAUUCUCUCUGUUUCUAGCUAGCUGUCACAUUUUGCAUCUAUCCUAGGUGAGUUUCCAGUUUACACUUAACUGCUUUCUAUCCAUUUUACACUUGAGCUUUGUGGAUAAGUGGCUUGCAGCUUUCUUUUUAUGCUCUGCAAAUUCUGCAGUGCAAUUCUUUUUCUUGCAAGCAAGUGUGUAUGUAGGUAGAUUGUGUUUCGCGGAUCGAUUGCUCGGAGAAGAUUAGUGUUGCUGCAAGAUAGUGCUUCUUGGAGGGCAUUUUUCUGAGGUCUGUUACUUUCUUACAGUGCUUCUACUGAAAUGAGUGUUUUUCUUUUAUGAAAUAUUCUGAAAUGAGUGUUUUUUCAAGGAAGAAUCUUAAAAUAAUUCAUUUUGUAAUUGUGUGCGAGUUUGCAUCUGUUUGUUUUAGUAUUUGAGUCCUUAAGGCUUUAGAGAUAUGCACAAGUGAUUGUCAAGCAUAGUUGAAAUAAAUUUAAGUGCGCGGAUUAUAAGGCUGUGUGACACGGGUGAGUGUCGUGGUGUGGUUAGAUUUGGGAAGAGAACGAGUGGGUUGAUUAUAAAGUGAUUUAGAGAAGAUUGAAAUAUAUUUGAGGGAAAUGAGAUCGAUAGAGGAUAAGGGGAUCUUGAAUCUGACACCAACACAUGAGAUUUUGAGUAAUGGUGUGGCUAAUUUUGAGUUCCACAAAGCGAAUGGAAAGGGUCGUACUUCUCAGCAUCGAACAGGUUUAGGGAAGCCUACACCGUCAAAGUGGGAUGAUGCACAGAAGUGGUUAGUGAAUUUGUCGAGAGGGGGAGAGAAAAGCCAGUCUAAUAAUGCUCCGCGUAAUUCAAAUGCUGAUGACAGGAGACUGAUAGCUCCGGUGCCAAAGAAGGAGGAUAGUUCGAGUAGUGAUGAUGAAGAACUGACUGGAUGUGCAGGAGGCUCUUCUAGUAAUGCUAGGUAUGAGGUAGAAACGAAGAAAGUUGAUUAUGAUGACUCGCGUUGGAGGGUGAAUAAACCUGAGAAUUCAACUCCAGUAGUUCAAUCGAUAUGUGUCAGGGACAUGGGGACUGAUAUGACUCCCAUUGUCAGCCAAGAGCCUUCCAGAGCUACGACGCCUAUCAGAGCCAUGACCCCAGCAGGACAAAGCCCGGUAUCAUCUAGAUCCACGACUCCAGUACGGGGUCACAGUGGGGUGCAGGUUGUUGAUAAUGGUCAAGGGGUGAUCAAUUCUGCUGAGAAUAGAGGAGAGGAUGGGAGGGCGGGUUUUGUGACUACAUGGUUUAGUCGCGAGAGAGAAGCUCCAAUCACUAAUGUUGUGCCUGAAAACAACUCAGACCAGGCUAAAAAGCUGACACCUCUGGAAACUCGGGCAAUGGCCUGGGACGAGGCUGAACGUGCCAGAUACUUGGCGAGGUAUAAACGAGAAGAGGUGAAGAUCCAAGCUUGGGAAAAUCAUGAGAAGAGGAAAGCGGAAAUGGAAAUGAAAAGAAUGGAGGUGAAGGCGGAAAGACUCAAGUCCAGAGCACAGGAGAAGUACACAAACAAGCUCGCUUCAACAAGGAGGAUCGCAGAGGAAAAACGUGCAAAUGCUGAGUCUAAACUAAGUGAAAAAGCUGUGCAGACUUCAGAAAAGGCCGAUUACAUAAGGAGGACAGGGCAUCUGCCUUCCUCCUUCUCCUUUAAGCUACCUUCUUGCUGCUGGUAGCGCUUGUUGUAAAUUCCUUACGUAUUUCCCAGUCAAUUUGUGAUCCUAGGCAACGAGACUCGAAUCUGCAGUUUGUACACUUCAGGCUGUAAUAUCAGUCUCAGUUCUUUGAUGUUUACAAGCCGAAAACUGCUUCUUACAACGUCGAAUAAAUUCUGAAGGUCCUCCUCAUCUGUCAGCUAUCACCUGUCAGCAUCGCUUUCGCUUUACUUUGCCAGCAUUGUAAUCUAGACGCUGAAUUCAUUAUUUAUGCACUGUAUAUUAGCUAGUGUCCGUGGGAUCAAUGAUCAAGACACUCAAGAUAAAAACAGAGUGUUCGUUUGUGUUCACAAUCAUGUUAUAUGAAGCUGGAGCUGAAAAUGUGCCACAUAUAUCAAGUUAAUAUAAUUAUUUCA